AACUAUUGAUAAAAAAGAAAUCAUAUCAAUAAUAAUUACAAUAAUAACCGGAUUAUCGCAACAGCUUGCAGACUGAAUUGAACAACGAAACGAAGUGAAAUAUUUACAGCUGCACAUUUAAAGGAUAUGGUUAUUCGAAUUUUGGAAAUUAUUCAAGAAUGUACAGGACGUCUCUCCUUGUUCUCGUUAUAUUUAUUUCUUUGGCGCGGUUAUGUUCGAGUCGGACGAACGUUUUGUUCUUAAUUGCAGACGAUAUGCGUCCACAGAUUGGAGCAUAUGAAGGAAAACAUUUUCCAGCUGUGGUGUCUCCAAAAAUGCAUACACCGAGCAUAGAUGUUCUGGCUUCACGUAGCUUGCUACUUGAAAGAUCUUAUUGUCAACUUGCAAUUUGUGCGCCGAGUAGAUCGUCACUGUUGACUGGGCGCAGACCAGAUACUACACGUGUCUACGAGAUUGGACCUUACUUCCGGGAAGUUGGUGGAAAUUUCACAACAUUGCCACAAUAUUUUAAAAUGAAUGGCUAUUUAUCUGUUGGAAUGGGAAAAGUGUUCCAUCCAGGUGAACCCUCUGGCUGGGAUGAUCCUGUCUCAUGGUCAGAUCCUUACUUCAGCGGCAAAACUAACUUUGAGUCCUUUAAUUCAACAUGGUCUGCAGUCCCCGAUGAGCUUCUCAUAGAUAACCCCCUAAUAGACGAGCAAAUUGCUAACCAAGCAAUAGCAACAAUGCAAAGACUCGCAACAGAUGCCAGAUCGGGUAAACAACCAUUCUUCUUAGCCGUUGGGUUUAGGAAACCACAUUUGCCAUUUGUUUUUCCGGAAUCAUUUUUAAAGUAUUAUCCUGUUUCUACAGUUAAGCUUCCAAGCAAUCCUUAUAUACCUGUCAACAUGCCAGAUGCCGCAUGGUUUGAUUAUCCGAGGGCUCAGAAGACACGCGAUGUUAGAGCGUUUAAUGUUACCGGAGAAUCAAUUCAACUCUGCCAGAUAUUUUGGCACUUCAGUAAGAAGGCGUAUUACUGCUCUGUAUCAUGGAGACUGAUUCUUUGA